ACAUUUCAGAGCUAAAAGGUUUAUUUCAGUAAAAUUAUGAACAGGGCAGGGAUUGUUUAAAUCAGCACGCCACUUCUUUUCGCCCAGCAGGCAUAGAGGCUUCCAAAGAACCUAAGUAGACAGUCAGGGAGAAGCUGAUGGCUCUUGAUUAGGUAGCACACACACCAGAGGCUGCAGUUUCUAUGGUCUAGGUCUGGAGUUAGACUCACUGCUCUAAACCCAGAAGACAACCAGGCCUCUAAAUCAGCACUCCUGGGCUAUGCUGUUGUCAGUCAUUGUGAUCCUGGUGUUGUGGGUCUUUCUCUGGGUUGCAGUUAAUUAUUUCUCCUGCUGACCUUGAGAGUCCUGAACUAAAGUCAUCAGUGAACCCAGGUGAAGGUGAGCAUAGGAGGUAAGAAUCUUUUAUGUGGGGUAAAACCAGAGCAGCUGGCUCCACACUUUGCCUUUUCCUUCUCCCAGCUUGAGACUCCUUGGGUGUCUCCAGUUCCUUGGAGUCCAUUGCUUCAGUAUCUAACGGCAAAGAGUGCUGCAGAGGCAUCUCUAGAAUCUUCACUCCUACUGGGGAAGUUCAUGCUGACUUCCUUCAUCUCUUCCCAGCCCCCAGGACCAUGGCUCCAAGUCCCACCACUGCCACUUCUGCACGUACCAAAAACACCCUCAUGUCCACAGAAGGUCAGAUGAGCAUAGAAAAUAAGACCCUGCAUCUGGGACCCACAGUUGGGGUGGCCGUGGCUGCUGCUGUGCUCCUGGCUGGGGUUUUGGGAUUGAUGGUGUUCCUCAGGUGGAAGAGGAGGAAAGGCCAGAGGACUAAAGCCGAAACCCCAGCCAGGGAACUCAAUGAAAACAAUGAGAAAUAUGAGCAAGUUAAGCACAAAGGACGACAUAUGGACCCCAAAGAGAACCCCAAGGACAACAACAUCGUGUAUGCCUCCAUUGCCCUCUCAAGCCCGACCUCCCCAGGAACACCAGCCUGCCUGCCUGUCCAUGAGAACCCCCAGGAAGAGACUGUAUACUCCACCGUAAAGACCAAAUGAGCGGGUCUGGGUGACCAUCUCAGAGUCACCUUUGCUUCUAGUAGGAAGACUCCCAGCUUCCACUGAUACCCACAGUCAGACGCUCACAGGUCACAGAUACCCAUGGCCAGGACAGAAAUUCACACGUCAGGAACUCAGAGAAACUGAGAAACUCCUAGUUCCCUUUUCUAACCUGUUAGGCCCUUUUCAUACAAAUAAAAAGAUCUACAGAAUUUGCCUAAAUGAACCUAAUUAAGGGUCACUAGUGUGACCCGUAACUUCUGGCCCUCUAAGAACCCCUCCUCUAUCACUUUUUUCGAGUGGCCCAAGGCAGGGGAUGCUCCAAAAGCUGGCAGCUGUCCACCCGAUGUGCACGUACAUCUGUGAGUGUAAUAACCAGCAUACACUGUGACUGGUCCCCAUGCACC